CCUUUUGUUAUAGUUAGAGCUGUUAAGGACUAUGCAGAAGCUUAGAGAAAUCAAUGAAAUCCAGCAUUCAUCCUUGAAAUAAAUUCAUAAUGAUCGUUCUGGCCAGAUUUCAGAAAGCUACAUGCAGUAGCUGGCAAUGAAAUUCUAGCAGCUCAAGAAUAAAAUUUGAAAAUCAUGGAGCCUGGGGAUGAAAUUGCCAUUGUGGGAAUAGGAUGCAACUUCCCUGGAGGUGAAGGAAUUGACAAUUUCUGGAAAGUACUAGUAGAAGGCAGAAACUGUACUGUAGAAAUUCCUCUAGAGAGAUUUGACACCAAAGAGUGGUAUGAUCCAGAUGAUAACAAACCUGGAAAAAUAUGCACAACACAAGCAGCUCUUCUGGACAGUUUUAACACAUUUGACAACAAAAUGUUUGGAAUUAAUGAUCUGGAAGCUGAACGCAUGGACCCUCAACACAAGUUACUCCUGGAAUGCACAUACAGAGCACUGGAAGAUGCAGGAAUUGCUAGAGAAACCAUCAGUGGCACCAAAACAGGGGUUUUCAUUGGUCUAAUGAAUCGAGACUAUGAGAUCUUAACAAGCAGAGCGGUAACAGAAAUAAAUCAUUAUGAUGGAACUGGCACAGCAAUGAGCAUAGCUGCUAACAGGAUUUCAUACACCUUUAACCUGACUGGACCAUCCCUAGCCAUUGAUACUGCAUGCUCAUCAUUUUUUUUUGCUUUGCAUUACUCCAUGCAAGCCAUUAAACAAGGAGACUGUGAAGCAGCUCUGUGUGGAGGAGUGAACUGUAUUAUAGAUCCCCGUACUUUUGUGUCUCUCACUAAAGCAAAAAUGAUCUCUUCUGAGGGACUGAGUAAACCUUUUUCUAAGAAGGCAGAUGGCUAUGGAAGGGGAGAAGGCUGUGGUGUUGUUUUGCUGAAGCCACUAAAAAAGGCACAAGAAGACUACAACAAAAUAUGGGGUGUUAUAAACGUCAGUGCAGUAAGUCAGAAUGGUAGAACCGUCAUUCCAAUCACAAGACCAUCUCAGAUAGAACAGGAGAACUUGCUACGCAGCAUUUAUUCAGUACAUGUUGAGCCAUCAGCUGUGCAAUAUAUUGAGGCACAUGGCACAGGGACAGCAGUUGGAGAUCCUACAGAAGCAGAGAGCUUAGGUAGCAUUAUUGGUCAAAAUAGGUCUUUGCAAUUGCCAGCUCUUAAGAUCGGUUCCGUUAAAGGAAAUAUUGGUCAUGCUGAAUCAGCUGCUGGGGCAGCUGGACUAAUUAAAGUUCUUUUAAUGAUGCACCAUGGGAAAAUUGUUCCAUCUUUGCACUACUCAGAGGAGAAUAGUAGCAUAGAUACAGAAAAACUAAAUGUAUCCAUCCCAACAAGUGUGGAGAAAUGGGAAGAGUCUGAAGAAUUUGGAAGAGUAGCUGGCAUCAAUUGUUUUGGAUUCGGGGGAACCAAUGCUCAUGUUGUUGUCAGGCAGUUGAAACAACCAGAAGUUCUUCCUGCAUUUAAAAGGCCACUUGAAUUAUUUGUACUGUCUGCUGCUUCAAGUAAAUCCCUCAAAUUGACAAUGGAAGACACAGCUAAGCAAUUAAACAUAAGCAACUCAGAAACUCUCCCAAAUCUGGCCUAUACAUCUGCCUGUAGAAGAAGCCACGUAAACUACAAAUACAGAAAAGCCUUUGUUACAAACUCUCUUAAAUAUUUACAGCAACAACUUACAUUGGCAUCCCAAGCUGAAAUAACUGAGUCAAAGAUGACCCCUCAACUAGUUUUCGUGUUUUGUGCUAAUGGAGUAAAUAUCAGAAAGACCUGCAAGACACUGUUGAGAUCAGAACCUGUGUUCAGAGACAAGUAUAAAGAAAUAGAAGCAUUGUUUCAGAAAUAUAUGCCAGUCAGCCUGCUGGAAUUAAAAGAAAAUGAAUAUGAAGAUUUUUCUUUACCAGACAUUGCCCAACCGAUACUUUUUACUCUUCAGGUUGCUUUAGCUUCUCUUCUGAAACACUGGGGAAUUAAGCCAGAUGCUGCAGUGGGUCCUUCAGUUGGGGAGGUUGCUGCUGCUCAUUUUGCUGGGUUCCUUUCUCUUGCAGAUGCUGUCAAAAUAAUUUAUCACAGGAGCAGGUUACAGGCAAAGGUGACUGGAGGCAAAAUGCUGGUAGUUGGCAACGUCCCUGUUGAUGAAAUAUCGAAAGCCUUACGCCCAUACUCUGGGAAGGUGUGCAUUGCGGUUCUCCACAGCCCUUGUUCUUGCACCCUUUCUGGAGAUGCAGAUGCUGUGAGUACCCUUCAUAAAGAACUAGCUGAAGCAUUCAGUAGUAGAAACAUAUUUCUUCACAUUUUAAAUGUCCCAGUUGCAUACCACAGCCAUGUGGUGGAUCCAAUAAUGAAGGAAAUGGAAGAAAGUUUGCAGUGUUUGGAAAAACAAAAGCCAGAAAUUGAAGUGAUUUCAACAUUAACUGGGAAGGCUGCUUCCAAAGAGGAUUUCACUACAGGCAAGUUCUGGGCCCAGCAGGCUCGAGAUCCUGUUGAUUUCACCCAGGCCAUUUUGACUUCAGCUAAAGGAAAGAAAAAUGUAGUGUUUGUUGAAAUAGGUCCUCACAGGGCACUACAGAGAUAUAUCUUGGAAACUCUAGGGAAACACACUCGGGUUUUUUCUGCCAUGCAAACUGACGCAGAAUAUCAGACGCUUUUUACUCUUGUCAGAGAUCUGUUUGAAUUGGGAUAUAAUCCUGACUGGCAGCACUUAUAUGAAGGGUAUCAAAGCACACCAGCAACCUUUCCCAGGUAUCAGUUUGAUCGUAGGAAGCUAAUGACAUAUUUGGACUUGCAUCAACAAACGAACCGACGAGCUAUAAAGUCAGGACAUCCUCUUAUUUUCUGUGUAAACCAGGACAACACAGAAUUCAGUUGCCCAAUAUCCCAAACGUUAACACCCUAUUUAUAUGAGCAUAAGAGUAACGGUGUUGCUUUGGUUCCAGGUGCUUUUUUUAUAGAGCUUGGUUUGGCAUCUGUGUUGAAUAGUGUAAGACGUAAAGUGCCUCCAAGUACUUGUCAGAUUAGCAUCAGGUUCUCAGCCCCCUGCAUAUUAAACCAAAAUUCCCAGGAUUUAAAGAUAAAACUGAAAUCAGAAAAAGCAGGGACAGAGUUCCAAAUACUGUCUUCAUCAGCUGCAGUUUUUGCAUCAGGACAAGUUAUCAUGAAGACUGGGGCUAGAGUGGAAGAAAACAGUAUCUCCUUUAAAGACAUCUUUAAAAGGUGUAAAUCAGUAGUUACCCGAGAUGAGGUUUAUGAAACACUUUCUCAGGUUGGAUUUCAGUAUGGUUUCAUAUUCAGACAGCUAAGUGAUGUAUUUUAUAGUCCACAGUUAAAAGAAGCUAUAACGAGCAUUAAAGUGCACAAACAGACUAGAGAAGAAAUGUAUGACUAUUGUAUCCAUCCAGUGCUGUUAGACUGUUUUUUGCAAAUGAUGGCUGUUAUGACUACAAUUACUUUCAAGAUCAGGGCAGGUUUUCCUUCUGGAAUAGGCAGCCUUGUAGUUCUCAGGCCUUUGGAAGAGGAAAUGAUGCUGUAUAUGAAAACAAGCAAAUCUGUUGGGAACUACUUAGAGGUUUGUGGAUGCUUUGCAGAUAAACAUGGCUUUGUUUUGGCAGAACUGAAAAAUGUUGGAAUCACUUUGAUGAAUCAAACAUCUAUCAUAGACAAUGAUUUGAUGUUUGAAAAUAAUUGGAAAGAAAUAUUUCCUGUUCAAUCAGUAGGAUAUUCAGGGGAAGCACCCAGAGUAAUUGUGUUUGCUGACAAACUUGGAAUAGCCCAGCUACUCAAAAAAUAUCUACACCACACAUCAAGGUAUGUUAUGUAUGAAGAUUGGGAGACACUCCUGGAAGCCAAGAAGCCAGAAAUGACUGCAGAGCAUAAAAUCAAAACAGAGCUUGAGGGCUAUUGUGAAGUUUUGUUUAUGUGGGGAAUUCAGAAGUUAAGUGAAGAACUUCCAGGCAAACUUGUGGCACAACUAACUAAGUAUUGUGAAGCAUACCGUGUAAUUAUUUUGGCACUGAGAGAGAAAAAAUCCAAGUGUUCAGUUAGAAUGAUAACCUACAGAACAACAGAAAGAAAUGUAGAUCAUAUUAACCCUGGAUUUGCUUUGUGUGGCAUGACUAGAACGUGCAUAGUUGAAGUUUCAGAAAUCAUGUUCCAGAUGAUUGAUAUCAGCUCCUCAAGUAUGCUGGACAUCACAGCUCUAGCAGAUGUUAUUGUAAAAUGUAAAGGAUGUGAUUAUCCUGAAAUAUGGAUCAAUCAAGGGAGAAUCUACACUUCUGAAAUUAGACGUACACCAUUUAAAGAUAUAGAUUACUGCCAACCUGCAAAGUCUCCCGAGAACUCAGAAAUUCUCACUUUAUACACUUCAGACCCAUACCAAGCAAAAUGUGUGUCUGCUGAAUUAAGCAAUAGCACAGUCACUCAGCUUGAGAAUGACAAUGUUGAGGUUCAAGUUGAUAAAAUAUGUAUCCAUUCAGAAGACUAUUUUCCUGUUAGUGUGUCUAGCCGAAACUUUGGUAAUACUCUAUACUGGAGUUCACAUAUGCUAGAUAAGUAUAAGCUUUUAGCUUUGGAUUUUAGUGGCAUAGUCACUGCAACAGGCAGUGAAGUGAAAAAAGUUAAGGUGGGAGAUCAUGUUGCUUCCUGUUACCCAGUGAUUGCAUCAUCAAGAGUCAAGAUUCCAGGGACUGUUUGUUUCAAAGUGAAGAAAUUCCCAUGUUUUAGACAUGUACCUUGUGUGUCCUACUUCUUGAUAGCCUGGGAACUUUUAAAUCGGACGUUAACCAAGGUGAAAUGCAAUGGGACUUUAGGAUUUAUUUCUGCUGAGCCAGAGUCAGUUCUAUGCAAAGUGCUUACUCUGACAGCACAAGAAGUGGGUUGGAAAACAGUCCUUGCAACACCCACAGCUAAUCAAUGGCAACAUGUAAAUCAGUGUGUAGCCCUUGUUCUUCUCUCUCCUUUGGAUGGAAUACCUGAGGAAGGGCUAGCCCAACUUUCCCAUCUCCGGGAUGUUGUAAUAGUAUGUGGAAAUCGAAAGCCAGAAUGGGUUAGACAUCUUAUUGGAAGCGAUCUUGAAAAUAUCCAGGUGCAUGUCUUGAAGCUUGAUAUUUUUCAGAAAGCCUCUUUAAAACAAUCUCAAAAGGUAGCCAACAAAUGGAUUCGUUCAAUUAAUCUGAAACUAUUUAGCAACUUAUCAUGUUCUGUUUUUCAGAAGACUGAGAACUUUGAAAGGACAGGCACUCUUGAGUCUUCCUAUUUCACCUGCAGAUCAGUUCCACUUGCUGUGCUGAAAGGCAGUGGGGAGACCCAUGGGAUUUCUAACAUACCAAUGUAUGAAGCAGAGAAGAAAAUGUUUAAGCAGAAUGCUGUUUACAUAGUGGUUGGGGGGCUCACUGGGCUUGGUUUUGAAACAGUGAGAUUCAUAGCCCAGAAUGGAGGGGGCGGUAUUGCUGUAUUUUCAAGGAGGAGUCCAAACAAGGAGAAACAGAAAGAAAUAAAGGCUUUGCAGGAUCAAUAUGAAGGGAGCAAAAUAGUCUGUCUGCAAUGUAAUGUUGUUUCUGCCCCCGAGGUUGAGAGAGCAGUCCAGUCAGUUGAUAAAAUCUUUUCAAAGAGGCCAAUCAAAGGAGUAUUCCACAGUGCUGUGGUUUUACAUGAUGGACAUCUUGAAGCUCUGAACAUGUCUCACUUUGAGAAAGUAUUAAGUCCAAAAGUUGCAGGGGUAGUCAAUCUUCACUGUGCUACUAGAGGGCAGGAUCUUGACUUUUUUGUGUGUUACUCAUCUGUUACUUCAUUUCUUGGGAAUUCAACCCAGGCAAAUUAUGCUGCUGCUAAUUCUUUUCUAGAUCUGUUCUGCCACUACAGGAGGAAUAGUGGACUUUCAGGACAAUCCAUUAAUUGGGGUGCCUUGAAUCUUGGAAUAUUGCUAAAUCAAAAUCAUAUACAAAAUAUUCUGGAAUCGAAGGGCAUAGAUAUUUUGCAAGUACAUGAAAUUUAUGACUCUCUUAAAAAAAGCUUAAUUUUGAAUAAUCCUCAGCAAGCUGUAAUUAAAUUAAAUUUUGGAACUUUAACCAAUCACGUUCUUUCUCGGAUUGCAUCGCUCAGAAGUCGCUUUACUACACUCAUUUCAGAAGAGGUUGGCAAUCAGCAUCAACUCUCUGAACAAGCUGCUCCCAAGAAUGUGUCUCUAAUCAAAUCUGAAGAUUAUGUCAUCUCGCUGGUGAGCCACCUUACGAAUGCAAACCCGAAUGAUCUUACUAUGAACACGUCCCUCGUAUCACUGGGCAUGGACUCUAUGUUAGUCAUGACACUACAGAAUCGUAUCUUUCAUGAAAGGCGGGUGGAUAUACCUCAUGUAAAACUACUGGAUCCCCAUACAACUCUGUCAAGUUUAGUAGUACUUUUAGAAGAAAACUCUAAUGAAAGUGAGAUGUUUGAAGAAAACACACCUAUAGCUGAAAGUACUGAAAAUGGAUGCUGGUUAUAGGAAACCUUUUCAUGCAGUAAUUUGAUAAUUUUAAAGUUACGUGGACUUUAAUGACACCUAAAACAGUGCCUGUUUUUUAAUUUUUCAGCACAAUAAAGCACUGAAUUGAUGAGUUAGCUUACUUAUGUUUGGUGCUGCAUUAGCUUUGUAACUUUUAAUCAGUUCUUGGAUGUAUUGUUUUGUGUAGCAUAUUUUAAUUAAUUUAUAUUACUAACAAUAAAUGAAUUGAUGCACAUACAUUUUUAUUUUGCAGAUUUGAAUGUGAAAUGCUAAUGUGAUAUAUCAUUUUUCCUAUUUUCAGUAUUAAUUGAAGAAUUGAUUUAAUUGUGUUUUAAAUAGGAAUACAAUACAAUUAAACUCAGCAGGAUAAUUUAGCAAUUGUAUCUGAUUGGUUAUUCUUCAAUAUCAUAAAGUUAUGUUAUUUAGGAAUUAAAAGAAAGAUAUGCCUUCCAUAACUGAAUAUUGUACACUGAAAGGUUUUCUCAAAGAUCAUGUUUAAUGCUUUUCUCAUUUUUUAUUCGGUUUUUUUUUUUACAUAUCUGGGAAGAGAAUCAAA